GGGGUCCAGGCCGGCCUCCAGCUGCUCCCUGCCGGCGGUGUGUAGGCUCCUGGCCCCGCUCCUGGUCCCGCUCCGCCGGAUUGCGGCCAUAUAAGCAGCCGGAGCUCCUGCCGCCUCACCGGAGGACCUUUUAUGGAGACACGCGGCCGGAAUUCCGAAUCCCGCAUCUCGUUUCCCUCUGAAAAAAAUCGUGAAAAUGACGCGUGAUGAUCUUGGGGAAUAAAUCCGUGACUUAAACCUGAAAGUCUCAUUUAAAACCACUUUGGUCUUUUUAUUUUUAAUAAUCCGGCUUCUGUCCUCACCGCGGCUCCACUUCUUCUAUUUCUGGAGUUCCCUCUUUUUUUAAGGCCAAGUCCAUAUUUGGUCAGUGACGUCAAGGGACACCCAGAGAUCCCCUUUAUAAGCAUCGUGAGCCGCGUGGGAGCCGUUAAAACGAGCAGAGAGGCGGAGGAAGGAGCGGGGUUAGCGGACAGCAUGAAGGGAAUCGGGGACACCGUGGCAGAGACCCGCUGAAGAUCCUCGGGAUGAGCGCGAAGGUUCUGCUGGAGGGAGUUUGUGUGGUGGACACGGCGGAGGGGGGGCUGACUGUGUUCAAGGAAGAGCCGGUGGGAGAGGAGGAUGGAGGCGGUGAGCUGCUGUUCCAGGGGAGGAGAACACCUGAGCUGCAGAUCCACGGAGAUCUGGCGCAGUACGCGGCCACUUUACGCACGUUCACUGGGCGGUUCUCCGUGGACUCCAGGGGGGCAGGAGCGCCGUGGGCACCGGGAGACCCCAUCAACGUGGUCAGCGCUGACAUCACCGCAGCCGCCCCGGAGUCCGGGUCCGCGCCGGAUAUUUACGCACCUGGAGGAGGAGGAGGCGGCAUGGCGCACGGCCCGCCGGACAUCAGCCACAUGUACGCGCACCCCCACCCCGCCCCGUCCUACUCCUGCAGCGGGGAGAUGUACCAGGACCAGUCCGCCUCGGGCUACCUGGCGCCGCCCACCUGCUCCGGGUCCUACCACCCCCCGCAGCCGGACGGCCCCGCGCUGCUCUCCAUCAUGCCCGAGUACGGCGGCUUCUACCAGCAGAGCUGCCAGCGGGACCUCCAGUCGGCCUUCCCGGACCGGAAGUCCCUGCCGUACCCGCUGGACCCGCUCAGGGUGCCGCCGCCGCUCACGCCGCUCAACACCAUCAGGAACUUUACGCUGGCCGCUCCACCCGCGGCAGUGGAGGGCCCGAUGUCCGCGGCGUUCCCCACCCACCAGAACCUCCCGCUCAGGCCCAUCCUCAGACCCCGGAAGUACCCGAACCGGCCGAGCAAGACGCCGGUCCACCAGCGGCCGUACCCGUGCCCCGCGGAGAGCUGCGACCGGCGCUUCUCCCGGUCCGACGAGCUGAGCCGACACCUGCGCAUCCACACCGGCCACAAGCCCUUCCAGUGCCGCAUCUGCAUGCGCAACUUCAGCCGCAGCGACCACCUCACCACGCACAUCCGCACGCACACCGGGGAGAAACCGUUCUGCUGCGAGCAGUGCGGGAGGAAGUUUGCGCGCAGCGACGAGCGGAGGAGGCACAUGAAGAUCCACCUGCGACAGAAGGAGAAAAGGUCCUCCGCCUCCUAAAAUCUACCACCAUUUCACAGAAAAUGUCGUUUUUAGCAGAAACCAUCUCGUUAUUUAUGAACUUAAUCUGCAACAAUGAGCAGAAACCUCCACCAAGUUUAGUUUAGAUGACAGAGUAGAUUGAGCAGCUAGAAGAGUCUCACGUUCUGGUCCAGGACCUUCCUGUCUGUGUUCUGAUGCUCUCAGGGACCCAAACAGCCCAGAUUAGACAUGAACUCAGCAACACGUGGCUCCGUCAUCUCAAAGGCCCAAAUCCCAACUUCUUCAUGCAGUCAAACGUAGAAUCAGUUCCUCCUCCACGUAGCUCAGGUGGUUCGGUCUCUGGAAGACAUGUUGAAUGUUUCAGUUUCAGUUUGUUUGCUCAGGAAGUGAACUGGAAGGACGAUCUGCAACUUUCACUGGAUUUCAGGUUUUUACCUGAUGAAUGUAGGAGGAGAAGUCAGAGUCCAGGCCGAAAAGCUUCUUAUGCAAACGUGACGAGAACUAAAGCAGCUUCUUGUUGAUGCAAAUAAAUGUUGGUUUUGUUCAGGAGGUUCUGGUGAUUUGUUGUUUCUAGACAAUCUGAACCAAAACUGAUUUGGUUCUGGCUGCAUUGGGGGAAACCAGAGACACGACUAGACUGGUCACUCAGCAUGGUGCCUUCAGGGUUCGUACAUCUUACAGGGAACUUGCACAGAGUAGAUAGAAGCUGGUUUACAGUCAUUUCUCAGGGAUCUUUGGGGAACUGAAAGUGUAUGUUUACCCCUACAGAGGACAUCUGGGGUACUUACUGCGCAUGUUCAGACGGGUUACUACUCAGCAGGAACAGGAAACACAUCAGCAGUAAAAUGCAGGGAAUUAUCCGAAUUUCUUGGGUGGGAGAGUCUGAAUAGUCUUGGCAUCGGGUGGAUCAGCACCAGGAGGCAGGUCCUGCUGGCAGAACAUGAAUAAAAGGAAAAUGUUCAUGGUGAA